UUCUAGAGUAGCACAGAACCCCUGCUAUCCAAAAUGAUUAGUGGUCAGUCUUCUUCAAUCUCUGUUUCUCCAGGGAAAUCCUACAUAAGGAAAUCUGCCUCUGUAUCCUCGGAGAAGAUGGGGCGUCUUCCCCUGGGGAUCGUUUCUCCCUAUGUGAAAACAAGUUCUGGUGGAAGUAUGGACCCCCUGAAAUUCUAUGCUACCAGCUAUGGUACAGCUUUUGGUCAGGCAGGCUUCUGUCCUCGGAAUGGUUUCCACACUGGAGCGGGAUACAAAGCCAAUUACCGACCUGUUGUCCAGUAUAAACAGAGCCUGGACAAAGUAGAUAAUCCAGCUGUUGGGCAGCUCCUUCAAGACAAUUAUGAGUCAACAACUACUAAGCACUUCCAACCACUUCAGCUCCCAGAUGGGAAAUUCCCUCUUCCUUGGAGUGUGUACCAGCCAGGAAGUGGAUAUGUUCGGGAGAAACCCCUUUCUUUCCCUACCACUAAAACUGUCAAGAAAGUCCAUUUUGACACAACAGACCAAGGAGCACAAGCUGUGACAGGUCUGGAACCCAAACAUACCCCUCUUCUCUACAAGUCACUUGGAAAAGGCUCUGUUGAUGUGGAAAAUAGCAGAUAUGGACCUCACUACAUGUCCACAGAGUAUGGCUCUAAGUUCCGCUUCAGCAUUCCCAGGCAGCCAGAUCUCCUGCAGAAGAAAACCAUUGGAGCCAAGGAAGAGACUGGAUUCACUGAAGGCUGUCUCAGUAAUCCCAUUAUAGACAAACCACUGUCUCAGAGCAGCAAUCCAGGGGUCAGCAUUAUGAAAACAGAUUAUCAGCCAUCUUCCUUCCCACAGGGUGACGAAUUCUUGCCAGUCCUUUCUAAAGGCUCUGAGAGGGGGUCUGGAUUCAGCAGACAGAAGGGCCUUUUCCUUGGUACUCCACCUUCAUCUGAGCCCCAAGAACGUCCACCUGGUACAGAGGCGCCCAUGAGCCAUACUCAGUUCCAAGGGCUUCAGCAGCAACCUCAGACACAGAACAACCUUUUAGGACGGGAACAUGUGGGUAGCAAGGAACUAUCAGGAUUCAGCAUCAAUAACCUUAGUCAUGUGACACCUCCCUAUGAUCCAGAAUUGCCCAGCAGGUUCCUGACCAGCUAUAACUCCAAGUUUUAUGAGAACAUUCCAAAGGGAGUAGACAGGGAAGGCUGGACACGAGGAGGGAUCCAGCCUCAGCAAGCAGGUGGCUUUGCUACCAACAACCAUGUCACUGACUUAGGCACUGAUCCCAAUGCUACAGAAACCUUGAGGCGUGUUCAUCCUCAUGUUGGCAGGACAAUCACAACAGUUGAUCCGUUCUAUCGUGACUCUCCCCACGAUCGUCAAUUCGCUGCUCUCCAUCAGACAACUGUCCCCAAUUAAACCACCUGAAGCUGUCUGCUGAGGAGACAUGAUGGUUAAAGAGCAACAGACAAACAGCUUUGCUUCAGCCAAGACUACCACAUAUUCCUGCCACAUCAGCCAGGACGAUUAGCCUCUGGGCAGAACUACAUGGAGUGUGUGAGAUGGGCAAGCCAUCCCAAAAGGUUUCACUGCGUUGAAUUC